UGCCAUAGUUCUGGCAAAGCUGGGAGCCUGCAUUCUCUUAUCUUGGCCGCUAGGGGCGGCAUUCUGCCCCCAAUCUGAAGCGUCUUCCUGGUUGUAUGCGAGCUGCCCUGCACAGACAGAAGUCAGAUGAGACUGCGUUGGGUUGAACGCCGCAUCUGAGGGCUGUCUGACGCCGAGCUGGGGCUUCGCUUACACCGACACAAGGCAACAGAGAACGGGAGCAGCACCCCCGCCGCUGUCACUGCAGAGGCCGGGAGGUAACUUUGUGUUUCCUAGUGCGGGUUUCGCGCCGCCCUGCUGCCUCCGCUUCAUAAGGAACUAGUUCGCACCUAUGGGCUGAGCCCCACGCCUGUCCCUGGGGAACUCACUGGCCGGGGGUCACGGACAAGGGGCGAAAGGCAGGUAGCAAGUGAUUUUUGCACUGUCCCCGGGCAGGAGGGGGCGAGCGGGGGUGCUGCCAUUUAUUCCAGUCUCUCCAGCCCAGCAGCUUCAUGGCUGUCACUAUGAGGUUUAACGGCAGUCUAAAGUUAAAAAUUGGGGAGGCGGUGGAACUGCAGCCCACCCGGUGGUCCCUGAGACACUCCGUGUUCAAAAAAGGUUCCUGCUUGCUGGACCCCUAUAUCACCAUCAAUGUGGACGAGUGCCGGAUCGGCCAGACCAGCAUCAAGCACCGGACCAACAAGCCCACGUAUAACGAGGAGUUCUGUGUGACUGUGAGUGAGGGCAGCAAGGUGGAGCUGGCCGUCUUCCAUGAGACCCCCAUCGGCUACGAUGAUUUCGUGGCUCACUGCACUCUCAGCUUCGAGGAGCUCAUCAAGGGCUGCGGGACCACCGACUCGUUUGAAGGAUGGAUGGAUUUGGAACCAGAAGGCAAGUUGUUCGUUGUGAUAACCCUAAUAGGCACCUUUACCGAAGGUACCAUGAGAGAUGGAAGGCUUAUCAAGCACUUUACCCGAAAACGUCAGAGAGCUAUGAGAAGGAGGGUACACCAGGUCAAUGGGCACAAAUUUAUGGCAACAUAUCUCAAGCAACCAACAUACUGCUCUCACUGUAAAGACUUCAUUUGGGGUGUGUUUGGAAAGCAGGGCUACCAGUGCCAAGUGUGCACGUGUGUUGUACACAAGCGCUGCCACCAGCUGAUUGUCACAGCUUGCACGUGCAAGAGCACCACCAGCAAAGUGGAGAAACAGAUUUUUGAACAGAGGUUUGGGAUCAAUUUGCCACACAAAUUCCGGUAUCACAAUUACAAAGUACCAACCUUUUGCGACCAUUGUGGAUCUUUACUCUGGGGUUUGGUGAAGCAAGGACUGCAAUGCAAAAUAUGUAAAAUGAAUGUACAUAAACGCUGUGAAGCAAAUGUGGCACAUAACUGUGGAGUGAAUUCGGUGGAUCUGGCAAAUGCUCUGGCUGGGAUGGGCCUUCACCCUGGCAAUAUUCCUUUCAAGCAGCACUCUGUCUCAGGUUCUGUGGAUUCAGACAGCAAUCACCUUGAAGAGGACUCUAUAUCAAAUACAUCUUCUCAGUACAAAUUUGGCAUUGAUGAUUUCACAUUCCUUCGUGUGUUGGGCAAGGGCAGUUUUGGGAAGGUAAUGCUUGCUAAGUCAAAGGAGUCUGACAGUCUCUAUGCAGUGAAGGUUCUAAAGAAGGAUGUGAUUCUUCAGGAUGACGAUGUGGAAUGCACUAUGACAGAGAAGCGAAUUCUAUCCCUGGCUUGCAAUCACCCCUUCCUCACCCAACUCUUCUGCUGCUUUCAGACUCUGGACAGGUUAUUUUUCGUCAUGGAGUUUGUAAAUGGUGGAGACCUGAUGUUUCACAUUCAGAAAUCUCGGCGAUUUGAUGAAGCUCGUGCCUGCUUUUACAGUGCUGAAAUCACAUCUGCACUCAUGUUUCUUCACGACAAAGGAGUCAUUUACAGAGAUCUGAAAUUAGACAAUGUACUUCUCGAUCAUGAAGGUCACUGCAAACUGGCCGACUUUGGUAUGUGCAAAGAGGGUAUCCGGGAAGGCUGUACAACAUCGACAUUCUGCGGAACUCCUGAUUACAUUGCACCAGAGAUAUUACAGGAGAUGCAGUAUGGACCUCUAGUAGAUUGGUGGGCAAUGGGUGUUCUUUUGUACGAGAUGCUCUGCGGCCAUGCACCUUUUGAAGCAGAAAAUGAGGAUGACCUCUUUGAAGCCAUACUGAAUGAUGAAGUAGUGUAUCCAGGCUGGCUGUCCCAGGAUGCAGUAGAAAUUCUACAAGCUUUCAUGAAGAAAAAGCCGGCCAAGCGUUUAGGAAGUUUGUCUUUGGGGGGUGAGAAGGCAAUUUUGUGGCACCCUUUCUUUAAAGACAUCAACUGGGAUGAGCUGAACAAGAAGACGAUUGAGCCACCUUUUAGACCCAGGAUUAAAGCUAGAGAGGAUGUCAGCAACUUUGACCCGGAGUUUAUCAAGGAGGAUGCAGUGUUGACCCCUAUUGAUGAGAGCCUCCUGCCACUGAUCAAUCAGGAGGAAUUUAGAAACUUUUCCUAUACUGCUCCAGAGCUUCAGAACACUUUUCAGGACGGCAGUGCUCAGAUGCCUCAGUAAAACAUUUGCCUACAGGGAUUUAAUUCUCAAGCCAAAUGUAAGAGUGGAGUAGAAGAAGAUGAAAGUAUUAUUGAAUGUCUCUGUUGGCAAUGUGCUGCCUUGAGCACAAAUGGGUAUUUAACAAGAUGGCACCCUGUCUUCCUGCUCAGAGUUUCAGCAACUCCAGCGUAACCACUGGCUAAUACAGAGACCAGCGCUCUUGUUUGGGAGAUAAGUUAUUGACUUUUGACAUUGCAGAUCGAAACUGAUAAUGGUAUCUGCGUUCCCAAACUGCAAAAUGCACUUUCCAAUCCUCAGCCAAUUUGUAGAAAUAGAUGGAGCCUUUGCACAGUCACCCUCUCAAGGAACAUUUAUGGGAAUCCUGAAAUGAAAGGCAUGACCCUCGGUGGCAAUAUUAUUAUGUCGCCUCUAAGGAGUCAUUUAACUGCAUCUUUAUUCUAUUAUAGUUUGUUAUGGCAUGUGGGUGAUGAUGGUGCAAACAGUGGGAAGGCAAAACUAAAUGGCCAUGGAGAAUACUAGUCUAUACUUCUAUGUGAACAAAGUACUAUGAGGUAGUGACCAGGUAUACAGCUUGGGCAAGCUUUGUCGGAGAUUGUGCCUUUCUAGAUCUAGACAAUGUGACUACUUGUGCCCUGUUUCGUGACACAAACUUAGAUCAGGUUUUUUUUCGUCUGUUAGAACAGACUUAUUUAUACUUAGCUUGUUUAUGAAGCAGGCAUGCUGGUUUGGUUUUUAUAAGAGAUGGUAUCUCUAAAGAUUUUAAAUAAGCUUAGAUCUGAUUUGUUACUGAAUGCAGUCUUCCAUUGCCUCCAUAUCCUUAUGCAGGCUCCAAUAAAGAGAAUGAGGGAAGAAGAAAGAAGCAUGGAUUUUUCUCCUGAUGUUGAGUUCCUCCUGUUACAUUUUGUUCCUAUUUCUUUGUGGUAUCCCAUUAGGUUGAAGAGGAAAUACAAAAAUGGCAAUUGUACACACUCCUCCAGAGGUCUAGGACACAUUUUAAUUCCAGGAAUAAAGUGCUUCAUUGUGUUAGAAGUCAGUCUGGCAUCUGUAGUUUUUACUAGCCUCCAUUUUUGCAUGUAAUGUUCCCUAUUUAAAUGAAAAGACCGUGUGACCAAAACAUCACAACUGCGUGAAUGCGUCGGAUUAAUGUGCUGUGCAUCAUUUUUUAACAUAAGCUAUGAAACUUCUGUAUAUAUGUUUUUCUCUGUUUGAGCAACUUAUCAAUGAAACAACAAUUGCAUUUAA